AUGGGCGACAAACCCUCCGUUGAAAGUGAUGCAUUAGUUUGGAACAAGAUUCUCAUUCCAAAACACAGAUUUGUACUUUGGAUUGCUACACACAGGAAGCUGCUCACCAGAGACAGGUUAAUGAAAAUAGGAGUGCAUUGUGAUGGGGUCAACAACGUAUUUUGUGAUAUACAGAUUUUGGAGAGUGAUGCACACUUGUUUUUAGAAUGUAUGAUCGCACUUGACCUGUGGAGAAGCGUUGCAGACUGGUCAGGCUUCAAUAUUACAUUAUCGGAUGUCCCUAACACAAUCAAGUCCAUUCAACAGAGGCAUUGGAAAUGGUUUAAGAAAGAUGUGGUUGCUGCGAGCUAUGGAACUAUGGUAUACAACAUUUGGCAUGCAAGGAAUGUGAAGAUGUUUCGUGGGCAGGUUGUUAGUGUUAGUCAUAUAUUGCAGCAAAUACAAAUCACCGUCAAAGAAAGGAUAGACAUGUUUAGUGCGUCCAAGAGAGCUAGGAAGUGCGCAGGUUUCUUGGCUAUGGUUUGUAAAUAG